GUACCUGAGCUAAGUGUUGACAGAUGUUGAGAUGAUUUGUUGACCUUGACUUAGAUUUGCCUCCUUCUCAAACCAAGCUACAGGCAUGGAUCAAGAAUCUCAUGUACUGUCUUAACAGUCCCAACGCGUUACUUGAUCACUUGCAUGAGACCUCAGUAGUAGUCGUAUCCGCCAUACCUACCAUUCCCUCCAUAACCCCCAAACGGCCCAUAAUCGUCGUAUCCAUCAUACCCUCCACCAAAGCCAUUAUAUCCUCCGUAGCCAUGCCCACCAUACCCGCCUAUGCCACCAGUGAAGUCAUUGUAGUCUUCAUAACCCCCGAACAUAUCACCGCGAAAAGCACCUUGUUGAUACAUUCUUUCGUGACCAUAGUCGUCACCAUCGUUGUGUCCAUCGUACAUUUCAUCAAUGUUUCCCUGCAUGAAGCCGCGUUGUCCGCCUUGGUUGUAUCCAUGGCGUUAUCCAGCCCCCCCUCCACUCUUAUGAUUCUCCCGACACGCUUGAUCAAAACCCAUUUGAGCGGCUUCGUCGUAAGUCUGCUGCCGUCCGCCGUUGCCAAUAUAGUCUGGUGCAUCGACAUGGCCGGAGAAAUAGCGGUGGGUUCCGUCGCUAUAUGUUUCGUGGCCGAUUCUGUAGUCACGAGGGUCGUUGUGGUCAUAGUUCGCGAAAGGGUCGGGGUGAUCUUCAGUACGGCGGCUUUUGCGAGAGCUUUUGCGAGGCAUGAUUGGUUGUUAUGUGAUUGAGAUUGCUAGGAGUAGCUAGGAGAAUGUGUUUGAAAACGUGGGUGCUGUGGAAUUCAGAGAGCAUGCAUCAUUGAUGACGAGGCUAAUGUAUUGAGGAUGACUGACACAACAGUCUGCCAGCAUAUGAGAAUGGGCGUGUUGAUGA